CCACAGAGGACUCUCGUCUUCUCCAUCGCCGGGGCAAAUCACGCCGCCGUCGCGCCCCAUAUCAUCUCUCCGCGGUUGUGACCACGCUCUAUAGGGACCUGCGGUUUCAUCGUUCGGCGGUUACCUCGGUCUCAACAGGAGGACCCAUGGCGAUGGAGAUGAGAGCCCGGGAACCUGUACACAUGUCGGAGGACCUAACUCGGGCAAUUGCACCUUAUGCCGCCACCCUGCAUGAUUUGUUCCUCCACUCCCAUUGCUCCUCAUGUUUCAGGAACUUACCAUCUCAACCUCCACAUGGCUUAUCUUGUAUGACCUGUGGCUCUGUUCGAUACUGCUCCUUAGACUGCUUAAGCUCGGAUUGUGAAGCGCAUUCAUCCUCUGGUGAAUGUUGUUUCUUUGCGGACCACAUCAAGAUAGCAUCUCCCUCCUUUCUCACCGAAGGCACGAGUGAUCCCCGUGCUGCUCUUCGGCUUCUUUAUUUGCUUGAGAUACAUGGUCUUGUUUCGUCUGAUUCAAUUAACCAGGCCACCAGAAUCGGUGGGCUUUCAGCCAGUGGCAUUGGGGAAACCCUGGGAGAAGGCGGGGAGGUUGCCGAGAGGAUACUGGAGGGAAGCAUGCUGAUGUCAUCUGCCAGAAAAAUGAGGACGCAAACUUCUGUUGUUUCUGCCAAUGGUCUGACAGUAGAGACAGUGGCAUUAUGGGCAGUGAUGAUCAACAGUGUUGCUGUGCAGAUUAGUGAAGAGCGGGAUCUGGGGAUCGCAGUUUAUGGACCUAGUUUUUCAUGGUUCAAUCAUAGUUGCUUUCCGAACGCUUCUUACCGUUUUGUAUUGGCUCCACGUGAUGAAGAUUAUGUUUCAGACAAAUCAGAAUACCCUGCAGUCCCUGCUAGCAAAGAAGUAGCAGCAGAUGCGUGGCAUGCUUGGCAGUUUGAAGAUCAUUCUACUCAUGCACUCGCCAAAUAUGGCCCAAGAAUUGUUGUUCGUUGCACAAAGCCCAUCAACAAGGGUGAUGAAGUUUGCAUAACAUAUAUUGAUCUUCUCCAGACCAGGGAUGCAAGGCAUUCAGAUCUUUGGUCAAAGUACAAAUUCAUUUGUUCUUGCAAGCGCUGUACUUCAUCCCCAGAACCAUAUGUGGACUUUCUUCUGAAUGAACUUGAAUUCACCAGAGGAUGGUGCUAUGUCGGCAGCAGUGGAGGAUUUGAAUGAUAUCUUACAACAGGCAAUCUCUGUAUACUCAUUGGAUGAUGACCCUAAAGCUUGCUGUGAUAUGAUUGAAACCAUGCUUUCCAAAAAUUUGAUGGGUGAUUUGCAGCAAGUGGAAUAUUCACAAA